AUGGCAGGCUUACUUGAAAAACUCGGGAAAUGCAAUGUUCUCUUCUUCCCGAUCAUUUCAAGUUCUGAGUUCCACUUUACACUUCUCACAUUUCACAAAAUUGAACGAAAGUGGAGACACUACAAUCCACUUAGAUCGUUGGGAUCUAGAAAAGAAGAAAAGUGUAUUGACAUUGCUCAAAAUUUUGUUAAUAUUGUGGAAGGGUGGCUAGAAUAUAUCAGACCACAAGCACAAGAGUUCUUAGAAACUAAAACAAUACCAAAACUUGUGAAGCAAAAAGAAGGGCCCCCUACACCUGCACAGGUUGAUUUGUCCCCAAAUGAAGAACUCACUCUAAAUUGGAUUCUGCAAAAUCCAUAUCAGUUUCCAUUUGAGGAUGACACAGAAUGUGCUCAACAAAAUUCGUCUUCGUUGGAUUGCGGCAUGUUCGUCAUGUUCUACAUGGAUAAAAUAGCAUAA